CAUCCGGAAGUGACGUAUCAAAGCUCAAUAUAAAGCCGCUUGCCAGUGACUACCUCGGCGUAAUAGUUGGCGAGCACCGAGCGGAUGAACCUGCUCAAUCCGCCGAGCAGCGACCACAACUCGGACACAAUUUUCUCGUCCUCCCUCGUUUUCUUUCCAGCUCAGCAAAAGCUACCACUUUUGUUUAAAUUGACUAAUUCUUUUCUGCAUUUUUAGUAGGAAGUGACUCUUACGGACGUUUUUAUGUGACAUGGAAGAGACUCUUUUUUUACCGUUAUUCUCUUUAUAGAUGAGAGAGGUGCGCUUCCUUUUUUUGGACGUUUUUUUGUUUUUGGCAUUUCACGAUUUGAUGACCUGAGCCAAGCGAGGGGAUUAAAAGGGAUUGAAGAUUUUUUUUUCUUCCCAUCGUCUAUUUAAUUCUGUGAAUUUGAAUUCCAGCCUGUAUUUACUAGCCACGCAACCCGAGAAGAAGCGCUCAAAAGUUUAGCGCGGUGUCGUUUUCUGGCAUCUACCUUUUUUUUUUUUUUUUUUUAGACUUCAAAUUAGCAGCAACAGAGUGGCAUGUUUUUCCAUUGUGGAGGCCGAGCGGGGUUUUUCCGAGCCGGCGGCCGGUGACUCGAGCCGCCGUCCCGAUGCGUCUCCCCCCUAGGCAGACGCUCCCUUGGAUCGUGUUGCUGUGGACUCUCGUCGAGUGGCUCCCGGAUGCGAGCGCUAUGGGCUGCCUGCAGAGCAUCGCUUGCAAGCCCAAGAGCUUCCGGGACGGCGUGGCGGUGCUGCAGGUGAGCGCGUCCAUCGACUCCAACCCCACCAGCAUCGACGAGUCGUCCGACGUCAUUCUGCGCUACCGCACGCCGCACUUCCGAGCCCAGGCGCUGGUGCUUGUGCCUCCGGUGGCCGCCAACGAGAUGUGGACCGUGGGCUGGAUCCAAGCGUGUAACCACAUGGAGUUCUACAACACCUAUGGAACCAAAGGGAUGUCGAGUUGGGAGCUCCCCGAUCUCCGUAACGGCAGCAUCCGUGCCAUCAGCGACUCGGACGGCGUCAACUACCCCUGGUACGGAAACACCACUGAGACGUACACCCUCGUGGGCCCCACCCGAAAAGACAGCAAGUUCACAGUCAGCAUGAACGACAACUUCAAACCGAGCAUCACGUGGGGCGUGCCGGUUGGCGACGGCAACGUGCCCGAGCUCACUGCCGUCCGCCGCGACCAGAGCUUCACCACUUGGCUAGUGGCCAUCAACCGGAACACGGGCGAGACCCUGAUCCUGCGGACCGUCCGCUGGAGGAUGCGCCUCGGUAUUCGCGUGGACCCCGAAAAGCCCUUAGGUCAGCGUGCGGUCCUACUGGAACCUUCCGCCCAGGAACAGCCGCAGAUCCAGAGCGAGAACGAGAGCAUCCCGGCCAACGCCAUGCUCAAGCCCAAUGCAAACGACGCCCAAAUGCUCAUGUGGCGCCCUCACGAGGGAGACCCCGUGGUGGUCAUCCCACCCAGAUAUUGACCACGCUAGUAUACAAGUUGCCAAGGGUAUAAAUCCUGCUGUGACUUUCAAUGAGUUUAUCACUGGUAGACAUCUGAUCCAUUUGAAAGUGGGAGGGCUGGCAGCGAAUGAACGAAUCCAGCCCUCCCACUUUCAAAUGGAUCGGACGUCUAGUACCGUCAGUGGCGGCCAUUGUGCUAACAUUAUUACAGUGGUACCUCUACUUACGAAAUUAAUUGGUCCUGGAAGUAGUUUCAUAAUUUGAGAAUUCCGUAGAGACGCGUUUUCCGUGUAAAUGCCCAAAUCUGUUCCAAGACUCCCAAAAUUCAGACAUAAAUCUUUUACAAAACAAAAAAAAAAAAAUGCAUCAAAACAUGUGACAAAUACAUGUUACAAUUAGAUUAUUGCACAAUAAACAUAAAAUGAGAGAAAAAACAAAGAAUAAAAGUUAACAAAACAUCUCAGUGAACAAAGAGGACGCUGGGAUUCACAUUUAAACAUACAGUAGAUGUCCCUCUUAGCCAAUUAGAUGCCAGGAAGAUACUAGAUUGAAGAAUAAAACCACUAUAUACAGUAUUUUAGACCAUUUGGUAUUUAUUUGGAUCAAAUAUAUUAGUCUGUUCGGAAAACACAAAUGUAAACUGACCAUGAACCAGCGCAAAUCUCUGGAACAGUAUAUUAGGCCUUGUGCACAAUCAGCAGAACACGAUCUUUAAAUAUUCGGUAAAGUAACAAUAAUAUAAUUAAAGUUUAAGAACGCUACCUUUGAAAUUCCCUGGCCCGUCGCCAUUAUUGUCUUGUUGUGUUUGCUAGCGCGUGAAGUGAAGCAGGGCAUGAUUCACUCACCUAGCCAAUCAUCGUCACGUCUGCAGCGGCAUCACCGACCCCUUCCCUCCUCUCGCUCUGCUCUCUCCAGACAGGCAGCUGAUGCGUGACAAAAUAAGACAACUCACGCUUCAUUCACACAAAUUGUAGUAACGCGCCCAAUUCACAUCCUCAGUAACAGUAACGGCGUUGAAAGGAUGGAGAAAAGUAAUUACAGUGAUCCCUUGCUACUUCGUGCUUCAAACUUUGCGUCCUCAGUCCAUCGCAGAUUUUUUUUUCAAUUAUAAACAAAUUCAGGAUUUUAUUGAGCUGUCCCGAUCCGAUUACGUAGUCUCUCACUCUCGCUCCUGCUGCUUUUCUUGAUCAGGCAGUGCGCUGGAGUUGCUUAUCAAAGUUAACUAUGACUGACAGACGGUUAAGGUUUGAUCCAUAGACUUCAUAAUGUAUUGACGGAACACGGGGCGUGGGGCCAAUAAAUAGGGGGCGGCAUUGUUGGCGAGGUUGUCAAAGUUGACCAAGAGGAAUCACAGACAAAGAGCUUUUUUCAUUGAAAAUUCUUGUGAAUAAAUGCUUCAAUCCCCAAAUUCUUUAUAGAUAUGGACGUAAAACAGUCCCUAUUCUUGGUUAAAAGCAAAAAAAAAACCCAAAAAAAAACGUGCAGUUAUUAUUUUACGUAAAUAUGUCAAAUUUGCCUACUAUGCUAGUCUGUUAGUAAAUGUAGCUAGCGGCCGCUUUAUGUAAAGAGCUUUUCCAGUGAAAAUUGUUUUGAAUAAUGCUUAAACCCCCAAAUCCUUUAUAGAUAUGGACAUAAAACAGUCUCGAUUCUUGGUGAAAAGCAAAAAAAAAAAAAAAAAAAAAAAAAAAAGCGCAAUUAGCAUUUAUUUUACAUAAAUAUUGCGAACUAUAAUGCCAAUGCAGUAGCGGCUAAUUUAUCCCGUUGAUUUUUUUCACAAUGUUUCAAAAUGCAUGCAUGACACAAAAAAUAUAAUAAUUACCUUGAAUCCUCAAAUAAAUCACUCCUCAGACAAUCCUUCCUGUUUGCAUGUUGUACAGCUUUCGUACUUUUUCAACAGAAAUCCGUCGUUAGAUCACUGUGUGCGUGUUUGUGAAAAGCUCCUCUUGAUGUGGGCGGCCCCCUGUUUGAAGGUGAGGCACAGUGCACCGAUCUGUCCUGUCAAUACCAUUAUGAAGCCUAUGUUUCGAUCUGGUCAGUGAUGCUUACUUCAAUGCGCCGCAUGCGUCAAUCAUAAUUUAACUUAUUAAACAGUUGCUGUGGCAACUCUUUGUGUGUGAGACGCUUGAGCAGAUUUGAGUGGACUCACUCGAUGAAGCAUUUAAUAAAGACAAGCAUUUUUCUACUUAAUUUUUGUUUAAAAAUAAUUCGGUGGAAUAAACAUAAUUAUUACAUUUAAGUGCUUAAACAUUUUUUAAAAAUAUGCAUAUAUCCAUUUUUUUUUUUUUCAAAUUAUACUUUCGGGAAAAAAAGUGGGGAAAAAAACGUCUUAUACAGUGAUGUUAUAAACCGCGAAGUAGUGUUAACCCCCCCACAAAAACAAUGUUUUGUGUUCAAUGUAUUUAUUCAGAUGUAGCAUUGCAAAGAUAUAUAAAUAAGACAUGUUUCUUCACUUUUUUCCCCCCAAAUUAUAAUUUUAAAAAGUUUUAUGUGUAUAUGAUUUUAAGCACUUCAAAUGUAAUAAUUCUGAUCAAUUUUAAACAUGAUACUGUCCCACCGAAUUAGUUUUAAACAGGAAUAAAGCAGAAAAAUGCUUGGCUUUAUUAAAUGCUUCAUUGAGACCACUCAAAUCCAAAGCUGCUCACACACACAAUGAGUUGCUACAGCAACGGUUUAACAACUUAAACGAUGAUUGACGCAUGAGGCGCUUUGAAGCUUGGUUCUCUGGCAACAUCAAACAUCAAUGUCUGUCAAUCAUUGUUAACUUUAAUAGGCAACUCCAGUGCACUUACUGCCUGACCAACAGCUAGCAGGGAGAUGGAGGGAGGGAGAGUGACAAUAUGUGAUCGGCUCGGGACAGCUCAUCAGUUUUUUUUUUAAUUGAAAAAAAAAAAUCUGCGAUGAACUGAGUGUAUAUCUCUUUCCGAUGCUAAAUCUGAAUAAAUACAUUGGGGGGGAGCUACUUCGCAGUUUUUAACUUAUCGUGGUGAGUUCAGGUUCUCAUUAACCGCGAAAAACAAGGGAUCACUGUAAUUAGAUUACUCGCUACUGAAAAAAACGUCGUUAGAAACAACCCUGGUCCUGAACCUGAAAAUUCCUUAUAUUGACGUUCGGAAGUAGAGGUACCACUGUAUUUUCUUUAUUUUUCCACAGUGUAGGGUUAUAAAUCAGCAAUUUCAUGGCGAUACGAUGUAAUUUUUGAGGGAAAACAGUACAAUAUUUGCCAAUUUACAAAGCCUGCCUCGAUUUGAUCCAAUACAAUGGCCUUCUACGUAUCGUUAUGCCCCUUUCACACUGCCCGAAUAAUCUGGCAUUUGUUUACCUGUUACACAUGUUGCUCUUGUAUUAACAGCACCAUCACGGGAUGGUCAUCGACCAUAUUUAGAUUGAAGUAUCGAAGCAAUAACCAAGACAGGCCACCGCCUGUAAAAAAAAAAAAUAAUAAUAAUAAUAAUAAUAAUAAUGCAGUUUUAUAAUUGUAUAAUUGGGACCAAGGUGAAGUGAGGCAACAAAUAAAAUCAACCAUUACUCACCUUUGGAAGUGUUGUAGUACUCGAGGCAGGAUACUGCCUUUAAACUCAAGCAGCUGUGAGGAUGAGCCAUUUAAAAGUGAACAAACCACAACCUUUCUACCUUCAACUUGGCUCACUGUGCGACAGGAAGUCGUUUCGGGAAUUUGGAGUAUUUAUCGUGAUUUUGUGCACGUGUUUUUAUUUAUAGACUGAGAGAAAGCACGUUUUGUAUCCGUUGCGAUCCACGCUGCCUUACGUGGACGUCGCUCAAUGCUCCGUCCGAACCCUUUUAGCCUUAAAACAAAGUGUGCAGCAUUUUGCCCCUGUUGUCUUGUUUUUUUUUCCUUUUAAGAGUUGAAAAUCUAACCCCAACUGGAUUGAAAGACAAAGAUGCAUUCAUGUAGCAAAAGACACCCCGCUUGUUUAUAUGUCUGAAAAUUUCACAUGAUGAAUUGGUGCAAAAGAGAAUACAAGCAAAUGUUUUUGUAACUAAACCGCUUUUAAAUAAAUUACUCUGUAUCUUUG